CUCGACUCCUUUCGCUUUUAGCUCAAGGCAGUCAAAUGCUUUGUGCGCUCUAGCCAGUGAAAUAUGGCUCAACAUAGUCAUUUAAAGAUUAUUGAUGAGAAGGACUUGCGAGAUGUAGUUCUGGUGAGAACGAGCGUAGGCGCCUGUUUGCGAGGACAUUUCGGGAAAACUGGAGGCAAAGUGGCUGUCAAGUUAAUUAAGGAUAGUAAAUGGAUUGACAGGUUAAAGAGAGCAGGAAUGUUGGGUCAGGUGUGUUGCGAGCAAGUUCUCGUCCCGCUGGGUGUGUGCAAAUCUCACUCUCUAGUUUGUCUGGUGUGGGAUUGGAUGCCUGAAGGAUCUCUAGAUUCCCUACUGCAUGAGACAGACGUGUUCCCAGAGCUUUCAACAGCUCUUUGUCUACAGAUUCUAUUGGAUGUUGCCGAAGGUUUAGCUCAUCUCCAUUCUGCUUCUUUGCCGCAUGGAGCUCUGAAAGCCACUAAUGUUCUUCUUGACCAACAUUACCGUGCCAAGCUGAGCGACUGGUGUCAAGAGAUGGACAUGGGAUUGAACAGCUCUAAUAGCCCUGGGCCGUGUUUCAGAGAUCUGGCCUAUGUGUCUCCUGAAGUCAUCCUAGGCGCUGCACCAUCUGUAGAGGCUGACAUGUAUAGUUUUGGGGUUCUGCUGUGGGAAACACUAAAUAGAAAGCGCCCAUGUGAAGGUAUUGAUCAGCUUCAGAACAAGUUGGAGCUUGGUUUAGGGGUUGACCUUCUGCCACCGACGACCCUUGAAAAUCAAGCCCUUACCCAAGUCAUCACAAGAUGCUUGAGUGGUGAACCUCAAAAACGCCCUUCGGCAAAGGAGUGUGCAGUGGUUCUAAGGACAACAUUGGCAGCGUUUGAUCCUCAGACUGUCACGGAAGCUGUUCUUCAUCUGAAAACAUGCAAGGAGAGGAGGCUGCUGAGCUGUAAAAUGCAGUCAACCUGGGAGUUGCCUAUUGAGCUACAUAAUCUAGGAGACAAUAGCUGCCAAGGUACCACAAAAAAAUGGACCUCCAAGGUGAUUCCACAGCAUGAAACUCUACCCGUGUCUUCACCGAAAGCAAAAAGAGAGGCUUCUCUGCCAAUAGCAAUAAGAGGCUGUCCUCAGACCAGAUGCUGCAGGGACUCAGGAAAAAGCACAGUCCAUUCCAAUAACUCCUGGCAAGAUUAUGGUAAUGGACAUCAUGGAGUUCAGAGACAAAGUCCUACAUCUUUAAGAUCUCCAUGUGUUUCACCUACAUCCAUAUUCCCGAGCAGCCCACAACACAACAUGGGCAACCAGGUUAAAUGUCAGCUGUCUGCGGGAAAGAGCUUUUGCCGACUUUUGCAAGAAAGACGAGAGGCCAUUGUUCGCUACAUGACUGAAGGACGUUUCAACAACCUCCUGGAUGUGUUGAGGGCUCGACAGGCUGUGACCCGUGAGACAUACGAGAUCAUCACUGCGGCCCUGACUUUGACGGCACGCACCCGUUGUUUGCUUGAUAUCUGCGUCUGCCUUGGUGAACACGUUGCCAUCUUGGUGGCCACAACUUUAGGUUUGGUAUCCAAUGAAAAUGCUCAGACCACCCAUAGGUGGCAGGCUGGCUAACUUAUGCUAAACAAGACAUCUGGUUUACAGUUGUGCAAAGAUAAAGCUGCACAAGAUACAAUUGAUAUCAGAUUGAUAUUAGAUGUUGUAUGGCAGUAUGAAAUGCCAUUAUUAAUGUGAGAGAUUGCUCGCAUGUGUUCUUGUUUGGAGUGCUCUAUAAUGGAGCAUUAGAGGAGAGGUCUCCCGAUGGUUAUGCUGCAAUGCAGUUUUAAAUCUAAAAAUCUCAUCACGUUAACACCCAUUAUAAAGGGUACUGAUGGUGUCAUUGUUUCUCAGUUAGCAAACUGAAAGGAUUAUUCCAGUGCCUUUGAACAUGAUGUUCUGAUGAACGGUCAAGAACUGGUUUGAUUACAUUCCUUUGUCUGAGGAGUAGAAGAAAAGCAGCAGCACAAAAGCAGAUUAUUUACAAGAGACUUUAUGAAAGAUUGUGCUGUUUCCCUUAAUCAUGUUCAUUUCACAGCCUUCACUUUUAUGGUUGUUGUAUAAUAUUGUUAAUAUCAUUUGUUAUUUUGUUUUGUUUCAUGUCAUUCAAGUUAUUAUAGGUUUUUUGUUUAUUAAAAUGUUAUUGUUUAUAUCUCACAAUUCAGACAUUUUCCACAUGUAAAUGUUUGUAAAAAAAACCUUCUGAAUUUUUUCUUGGAUUUGUGAGUCUCACUUGUAUAAACUCAAAAUUGCAAAUGUAUAUCUUGCAGGUAAAACUGAGAAGUAAAAUCAAUCAGGACUGACAGAGCAUAUAAAGAGGUCAGAUGUUAAAACCUCUAAGUGCCAUCUGAUAUUUUCUUCUUAUAUUUUUUCUCAUCCCCCAGUUUUUUUGUUCAGUUAUUUCACUGUAAAGGCAAUGCAAAGAACCUAUUUUUGCCAUAAAAGUGGAUUUAUUGAACAGACACACAUGAGCUUGCAAAAGAUGCUCAUUUUAGAAGAAAAUUUCAGAUGGCAUUUAGAGUUUUUUUCAUCUGAACUCUUCAUAUAAACUUACAAAUGUGAGAAAUUAAAUCAUGUAAUCGAGAUGGAAACUGAAUUCUUAUAAAAAGUCAGGACUGUGAGAUAUUAACAGAAUUGUGAGAUAUAAACUUGAAUUUCAAGGUUAUUCCACAACCUAAUAGGCUAUAGCAUCAUAUUCUUUAACCAGACACGUGUUAUUAGCAUAACCAAAUUUAUCUCUUAGACUUUUACACGCCUGAAACUUGUCUAUAGCGCUUGUUCACUGCUGCUCUUAUAGUUGUGUAAAUUGCUUCCUUGUCCUCAUUUGUAAGUCGCUUUGGAUAAAAGCGUCUGCUAAAUGACUAAAUGUAAAUGUAAAUGUAAAUCUCGUGUUUUUGCAUGUGUGUGUGUGUGUGUGUUACACAUUUCUGAUGUUAUACUGUGCAUGUUGCACAACAGACUCGGCAGUUUCUGGUUGUAGUGUAUCUUGCAACAAGAUGUUAUUUUUUAACAGAUUACAUUGGUGCAGUAUGUAUCUAUGUUGCAUGGCAUGUAUACAGCAAGAAUAGAAAUAAAAUAUUCACAUAUUUCACAAAAUGUUCACACUGUUUUGUGCAUUUGGCCUUUACUCCGAACACUUAUGUACGAUUCUCUUCUAAGAGAACAGUAUUAGUACACAGGUCAAUACCAUGCCGCAUUCCUCCUCACUGACUGUCUAAUUGCAUAGAUGAUCUGUAGACUAGAUAGUUUUAACGGACACGUACAGUAGCGGCUUUCACUCACAAUGCAAUGCGAGAGGUGAAAUGACUUGGACAUGAAAAAAGCUGCUUCAGCA